GUUCGCUAGCUCACAGUAAGGACCGCAACAAGUGAAUGAUGAAACGAACAUAAUGCAAGCCCUUCUACGUUCUCGCUCAGGCCAUAUACGGUCGGUUCUGAGACAAAGACCGUGGAAUUGCACCAAACCCCACCCGAUCCCCGUUUCCUCCAGUUUCUCGAGACAUGCGACGACCACCACGCCAACGGCAGCAUCUAUCACUAGAAAACUCGAUUUGUUAGCGCUUGACAAGAAAUGGCAGGCAAAAUGGCAAGCGGACUCUGCCAAUUGUCAAUCUGAACGCAAUACUGCGGGAGAUACCCAGGGAACAGAAGCGAAGCCCAAGUCUUACGUUCUGUCUAUGUUCCCUUACCCGUCGGGAACCUUACACAUGGGCCAUCUGCGGGUGUAUACCAUCUCAGAUGUGCUGGCUCGGUUCUAUCGCAUGCGAGGACACGAUGUUCUACAUCCAAUGGGGUGGGAUGCAUUCGGGCUGCCAGCAGAGAAUGCGGCGAUUGAGCGGGGGAUAGACCCGGCGGAAUGGACCAACAGCAACAUGUCGAAGAUGAAGGAACAGUUACGGAGCAUAUCGACCUCUUUCGACUGGGAGUCUGAAUUCGCGACUUGCUCACCGGAAUUCUACGAACACACGCAACGGAUAUUUUUAAUGCUAUACGAGAAGGGCCUCGCAUAUCAGGAUGAAGCGGUCGUGAACUAUGAUCCCGUAGACAAAACGGUACUCGCGAAUGAGCAGGUUGAUGCCAACGGUUGCUCGUGGCGCUCCGGCGCGAAGGUCGAAAAACUGAAACUUAAACAGUGGUUUUUUCGUAUUACAGCUUUCAAGGAAAUGCUCCUCAAGGACCUGGACUCCUUGUCUGGCGAAUGGCCAGAACGUGUGCUCUCAAUGCAGAGAAACUGGCUAGGAAAGUCGCAGGGCGCGAACAUCCGAUUCCCAGUCGCCAUUGAUGGCAAGCAAGUCGCAAAUACUGACAUCGGCGUGUUCACAACACGACCGGAUACUCUUUACGGAGUUGAGUACCUCGCCUUGUCUCUGAAUCAUCCCCUCGUCCUAGAGUCCACGAAGAAGGACUUUGAGCUGCAGAAGUUCCUCGACACUGCUGCUUCGCUUCCAGCAGAUUCGAAAGCUGGCUACAAAUUGACUACCCUGACUGCCUCCCAUCCUUUACAUGUUAUUGAUAAGGAAAGUCCUCACGUUGCUCGGCAGCUACCUAUCUUUGCAGCGCCCUACGUUUUGAGUGACUAUGGUGAAGGCGCAGUGAUGGGAGUCCCUGGUCACGAUGCUCGAGAUCUUGCGUUUUUCAAGGAGAACGUAAACCCGGAGUCUAUACCUGUUGUCAUCGGGCCUCGACGGGAAGGCAAGCCAGACGAAUCAAAGACCAGUGUCGUUUCGUCGAAUGACGCAAAGGCAUUCACGCAGGAAGGUUAUCUCAAUUCCAUGUGUUGGAAGUACCAGGAUCUACAUUCCAGUGACGCCAAGAAGCAGAUCGUUAACGAUCUCAAGCAACUUGGCCGCGGGGACUUUGUGGAACAAUGGAGACUGAGAGACUGGCUGAUCAGCCGACAGCGUUACUGGGGUACUCCGAUUCCCAUCAUCCAUUGUGAUAGUUGCGGUCCUGUUCCCGUCCCGUCAGAUCAGCUUCCCGUCAAACUACCCAAGAUCGAAGGCGACUGGCUGAAGGGCAAGAAGGGCAACCCUCUCGAAUCAUCGCACGACUGGGUGAACACGCAAUGCCCAAGCUGCGGCCACUCAGCCAAGCGAGACACGGAUACCAUGGACACCUUCGUUGACUCUUCGUGGUACUAUCUCCGAUUCUUGGACCCAAAAAACAAACAAUCGCCCUUUUCGCCUUCUGUGGCGCGACCGGUUGAUAUCUACGUUGGCGGCGUUGAGCACGCGAUCUUGCACCUUCUCUACGCCCGGUUCAUCUACAAAUUUCUCUCAGAGUCCGAAUUAUUUCCAGAGUUAGCUCGCGCUGGAAAUGUGUCGGGUCCAUUUGAACCCUUCAAGUCCCUCCUUUCACAGGGUAUGGUGCAUGGCAAGACAUUCUCGGAUCCAUCUACAGGCAAAUUCCUCCUUCCUUCCGAGCUGGACCUGUCAAAUCCAGAUAAACCACUUAUCAAAGGAACGCAAGUUACGCCAGCGAUAUCCUUUGAAAAGAUGUCGAAAAGUAAGCACAACGGUGUCGACCCGACUGGGUGUGCUUUGAAGUAUGGCGCAGAUACUAUUCGCGCCCAUGUCCUCUUUUCCGCCCCGGUCAGCGAGGUGCUGGAAUGGGACGAGACGAAGAUUGUUGGUAUGGAGCGCUGGUUUGGCCGGCUCUGGAAGCUCGUUACUGACACCCAGAAAACGUUGUCUUCUUCAUCAAUUGCGUUGGGCAUAUCGGACUUGAAGGCAUCUUCCGGCCAUGCGCUUGCGCUGCCCGGGGCCCUCCAACGCCUGGCUGAUGGUGAUGCUAACGCUCUCCUUACCACACAUCGAACCAUAUGUUCCAUCACCAACUGCAUUGAGACCAAUCGCUAUGGCCUGAACACCGUCGUUUCUGACCUGACCAAGCUGACCAAUGCUCUUGUAUCAUCCACCCCCACCUCACCCGAAGUUCUCUACCUGACUGUUUCGUCCCUACUUCGUCUACUCUCGCCAAUUGCUCCGGCUCUUGCCUCCGAGUGCUGGGAGAUCCUAAACGGCUCGGUGGUGACGCGGAACUCAGCCGACGCCGCUUCGGAAACGGCAGCUAUCCCAAGUAUAUUCGACUGCAACUGGCCCACACCCCUUUUGGCUCCCGCCGAGGCCAACAUACUGUCCGCACGAGGAGGGCAGACUGUUGCGGUUCAAGUUAACGGGAAAUUGCGAUUCAGUGUGAACAUCCCACAGCGACUUUCGCCCACGACCACCGAAGCCAACGCGAACACCACAGAUGAACAAGACUGGAUUAUCAGUCGCAUUCUAGAAACCGACGAAGGACGAACAUGGCUGCGGGAGAAGAACGACUGGGAGAAGCGGCGACGAGUAAUUGUUGUCAAAGGCGGCAAGGUGGUCAAUGUUGUAUUUUAGAAGCGACAUCAUAUCGCCAGAAGCUUCGAAUCAUGUUCCGUGUUUCACGCGAAGCAUGCGCUGCUUAUUAUUCGGAAAAAUUGUACUAUAGAUAGAAGACAUCCUAAUGGGGUGAAUAGAAUAUACCCACUCCGAUCUCAAGAAGCGAAACAAAAAUUGUGGUUCGUGCACAUUGUUGUCUCGAAAUCAGUAGAAAUUCCACCCAAGUUUGAAG